ACUGUGAACGUGGACAGUACUGGAAUGGCAGCAGCUGCGAGGAAUGCUGGGAUGGAAUGCCUCCUGAGUACAGCGGGAAGUGUCCUUGUACAAUACCUGGGAGAUGGGGAGUAAACUGUGAACAUACGUGCAACAAAUGGUGUUUGGAUGGUAUUUGUCACCCCAUUUCUGGUGAAUGUGCAAACUGUCCACAGAACAGAUAUGAUCAGAAGUGCGACAAAACAUGUGACAACUGUGGUAACUGUACAGACACACCCUCAAACUGUCACCGCACAAAUGGAACCUGUCUGUGUGGAUGUAACCCUGGAUUCUAUGGACGUGAAUGUGGACAGCGAUGCAACAGUAACUGUAGAUUGAAGUCAUGUAACUUCUCUGGAAUCUGCAUUAAUGGUUGUAAGGAAGGAUAUUUCGGACCAAAAUGUGAUAAAAUAUGUGGAGAAUGUGUGGAUAAAUCUUGUUCAAGAAUAGGUAAAUGUUUAAAAGGUUGCAACAGUGGAUGGCAUGGUAAGGAAUGCUGCACACUCUGCAGUAACAACUGUGAACAUUCAAACUGCCAUCAGAACGGAACAUGCAUGGAGUGCUUGGAUGGUUUUCAUGGCGACCAAUGCAAGAAAAACUGUUCUGCUGGAUGUGCCACGAAAGGGUGUAACAGGGAUGGAAGCUGUCAAUGCAGAAAGGGAUAUUUUGGCCACCAGUGUCGUAAUACCUGCAGUGUAAAUUGUCUCAAUACAAGUUGUAGUCAGACAUCUGGGGAAUGUGAGUAUGGUUGUGUACUGGGAUGGUAUGGACCGACGUGUAGUACCAGAUGUCCUGACAACUGUGCUGCUGGUGCCUGCAACAGAUACGAUGGCUCAUGUUUGUCUUGUAGGGAGAGAUUCAGGGGGACAUAUUGUAACAUGUCCUGUCCUCGACAUUGUGUUGAAUGUGACCAGAAUACCAGCAACUGUAUGUCGUGUGAGCAUGGUUAUUUCGGAAACACCUGUGAGGAAAAGUGCAACGGUUGUCUUAAUGGGAGUUGUAACAUCACAGAUGGAUUCUGUAUGGACGGAUGUAAACCAAGCCUACAUGGGCGAGAAUGUCAGUCCAAUUGCAGCAGAAACUGUUUGAAGCAGCAUGAUGUCAUAUUGUGUUUUCAAAGUAACGGCACCUGUGUCAAUGGUUGUCGCAGCGGGUGGUGCAUGGCAGAAUGCAACGAAAGUGCGUGCGGUGAAAGCCCUAGUUCCGAUGUGACACGUGAGAACCAUAUAUUCAGAAUAUCAUAAAUAGAUGCAAGGAAUGACAGACAAGCGUUCAGUACUCCUUCACAUACAAAGUGUUCAGACGACCACUAAAAAUAUAUUCAGUUCCCUAGACAUGAUAAUGCACGAUAGAAGAAAGCAAUAAUAUUUAUGUUAAAACUCCUUAUACUGUAUGUUAAAAAGUCCUACUUUACUUUACUGAUGAAGAGUAAUCCCAAAUGUAUG